AUGUCUAGAUCGAGUAAAUCUCUUACGACAAGUACCUCAGUUGAUUAUGGUGCCUGGUCAAGGGAUGACCUAAUUAAGCGAAUUAGAAAGCUUGAGGGCAGGGAAAGCCACAAAGGGGAUCUAAGGACUUCGAAUACAACCACGAAAAGAAAACUAUUCGAUCCCUCAAAGUUUAAUACUAGGUUCAUAGCCCUUAAGUUCGCCUACAUGGGCUGGAAUUUCAAUGGACUUAGUUUUCAAUACGAGCCGACACCUUUGCCCACCGUCGAAGAAGUGAUACUCAAGGCAUUAGAGAAAGCAAAGCUAGUGACUGGUAGUGACCCCACGCUUUGUAAUUUGAGCAGAUGUGGCCGGACCGAUAAAGGAGUGAGUGCAUUAAGCCAAGUAAUUUCUUUAAACGUACGCUCGAAUUUGAGCGAUCUCGAACAAGCUAACAGGCUGAACGAUGAUCGAGAGCUUCCAUACAUCGCCAUCCUUAACGCUCUUCUUCCACCGGAUAUUCGGAUCACUGGAGUAUGCCUUAGACCACCGCAAGGGUUCGAUGCAAGAUUUAGCUGUCUCUACAGACAUUACAAAUACAUAUUCGUUGGUGAAGGUUUAGAUAUUAAUGCCAUGGCGCAAGCAGCUGGAUACUUUGAAGGGGAGCAUGAUUUUAGGAACUUCUGCAAGAUCGAUGGAUCGAAGCAAAUCACAAAUUACCGGCGUGUUAUACACUCCUCCAAGAUUUUACCUUUAAAGGAUGGUCUUUUUGCUUUCGAUCUUCAGGGCUCAGCCUUUCUCUGGCAUCAAGUGCGCUGUAUGGUCGCCAUACUUUUCCUUGUUGGCCAGAAGCACGAGAAACCAUGCAUAGUGCAUGAUUUGAUGGAUAUCGAAAAAUAUCCGAGCCGACCAUUGUAUGACAUGGCCCAUGAUAUUCCGCUAGUGCUCUAUGAUUGUGUGUUUCCAGAGAUGGAGUGGCUUUCACAGGCAUCACACUUCGGUACACAACAAGAGCGGAAAGCGGAAAAGGAGUUUAAAAAGUUCAAGGGAUUUGUACAAAGCUAUCAAGUAAAGUCCCAAUUGGUUGCGAUGAUGGGCGAAGCUUUCAUAACAAGAGACGGGCCGGAGUCUCAAGAGUUCACAAAUCUUGGUGAUGGUGUUGGUAGGGCUUUCAAGACGUAUACACCCAUAAACCAAAGACCUUUAGGUGAGAGCGCCGAGCAGCACAAUGCGAAGUUUCUCGAAAAGAAAAAAAGAAAGAUUCUGAAUUCGACCGUUACUUAG